ACUUAGCAAGAACAGAUCGUCCACCUACUGUAAAUGAACCAACACAAAGAAGGAUUGUUAAUCUUAUUACUUCUCAGAAGUGUUCAUCAGCUGUUGAAGUACGAAACCAACUACAAGAAAAAGAAAAUCUUAACUUUUUAACACCUACUAUUUGUCACGUACUUUGA